CACUGCGCCAUAGACAUCGUAUAUUAACCCGCUUUAGCGAUAUUAGAUCAUUGAAUUAUGGUUACUACUAUUUUGCAAAAAGCAUAAUAUGUUUUUUUACUAUGUUGCAAACGGCAGCGAUAAAAAACUUAGCCACAUUCUGUCACACUGUCGCAAUAUGCAGUAAUAUUCACUACCAUAGAGAGUAAGUAGAGAUGCAAUAGAACAUUCAAAAAAUUGUGUAGCGCAUUUUCUUUCCUAUAUGAAAUGUACUGUCUUUUUUUUGCCGUUAGUUGACUUGACGUAUCAACCUUACCAGCCCUGCCAGCAAAUUGGCUGAAAGUCCGACGGUACUUGCUUUUUUUGUUUUUUUUGAGUGAAAGCACAAUUUUUAAAACCUGGCCCUUAGGCAAUCGUGAACGACAAAAACAUUUCGAAAUGUUGUCCAUAAGGCGUCUCCUUCAGCGGCCAGCUACAUACCGAGCUGUUCCUCAGUUAUUCAAGGUUCAACAAGCAGCAUUCAGGAGUACUGCCAUGAUGCUGGAGCAGCAAAAGGUCGACAUGAACUCACCUAGCCUGUCACAAAAGUCAAAGGCAGAAGCUGUUGAAAACUUUAAACCCUUACCCAACGCUGAUGUGACCAUCCCAAGAGAAGCAGCGUCACGACUUCUAUCUAUACAGAAUUUGCCAAACACAGUAACAAAGGAGGAUAUAUUACGAUUGGCUCGGUUAGCUUUCCACGAUGUUGACAGCGUCAUACAAGAAAUUUUAUUUGUUCGCAGCCAGGAACUGCAAUUUCACGGCCGAGUUCUCGUACUCUUCCAGAAUGCCGCCGAAGCUCGACAUUUUCAAUUGUUUAACGACCGCGCCGUGGUUGGAGGCAAUCAAAUCAACAUGAACAAGGUGAGCAGAAUUGAUCUGGGAGUUAUUUUUGGAAUGGCUAGCCAGUGUGUAGUAUAUGAGAUGCUUAUUUUUGGGUAAAAUUUUUGUGUCAGAUGGACACCAAGGGAUCAAAUCCAUACGACGUAUUGCACAGCUUUCGAAAGUCGGAAAUGUUCUCCAGCAACGGAACCUCCUCAGCAGGACGCACGGUUAUUCUAAGUGGGUUCCCUCAGCAGACCAAGACGUUUCAUGUGUCAAAAUGGCUACACUCAAAGGGUUACUAUCCCGAAGAUGAUGAAGAAAAUGCCAUUAUUCAAGUGCAAACGUAAGCUUUCAACAGUUGAAAUUGAUAUGAUGCUGCGAACAAGCAUUGAUGUAUUUGUUUUC